AUGAGCACCGGCGAUAAGACCGAUGAAGUGAAGCGUUUGGGUCGUACACAAGUAAUAAUAGUGCAAUCGUACCAUGAAGAAGCCCCAGUGUUGGCACGCCCGGCCGAGGUGCCGGAUCGCCUGCGACCGCUCCCCGGCUUCGCCGUUGAGGAGGACGGCCAAGUCGACGACGGGGAUGCCAUCCUCACUACACGCUCCACUGGGUUGGCCAGGGGAGCGAGGAGGAGAGGCCAUGAUUGUGCAGUGGAGGCAUGGCAGAGUGAAGAUCUGUGGCAGUCAUGCAGGUGGCUGCCGUGGCUUAAUUUGCUGGUCCACCUCCUGUCGUCCAUGCAUGGUUCCGUGCUCGUGCUGGACAUGGCUGGGAGUCUAACCACCAUGGAAUCUCUUGAGGAAAUCUCACAGCAGGAAGAACCAAUUAUUGAGGACUCAGUAGAACGUAUAGGAGACCGAAAUGUUGACAUUAAAGUAACUCCAACUCCUUUAGCGAAGCACGGUACCGGCAGUUGGAAAGCAUGCAAGUUUAUCUUAGCGACGGAGUGCUUCGAGGAGCUAGCAUACUAUGGGAUCCAGUUCAACCUGGUAACCUUCCUCAAGACCAUCUUACACGAGAGCAAUGUGUCGGCAGCAAGAAACUACACGAAUUGGCAGGGGACUUGCUACGUGGCUCCCCUCGUCGGAGCGAUCGUGGCAGACUCCUACCUGGGAAGAUACCUGACCACACUGGCCUUCUUCGCUGUUUACCUAAUCGGAAUGGCUGCAAUGUCAAUUUCAGCAUCGUUGCGGCCGGAUGGCUCGUCGUCUUCUCCUCAGUCCGUCAUCUUCUUCCUUGGCCUGUACAUGAUGGCCAUCGGAGCCGGCGGCAUCAAGCCCUGCGUCUCCUCCUUCGGCGCCGACCAGUUCGACGACACGGACCCGACGGAGAGGCUGAAGAAGAACUCCUUCUUCAACUGGUUCUUCUUCUCCGUCUACAUCGGCAGCUUCGUCGCCGGCACCGUCGUUGUGUGGGUGCAGGACCACUACGGGUGGGUGAUAGGCCUCUGGAUCCCCACCCUGUUCAUCGCAUUGGCCAUGGCGAGUUUUUUCCUGGGAUCCAGUUCCUAUAGAGUGCAGAAGCCUCUCGGAAGCCCACUGGUAAGCGUUUGCCAGGUCAUCGUCGCGGCUGUCCGGAAGCGGAAUGUAGAUUUGCCACGUGAUGCUUCUCUUCUUUACGAGCUACCUGAGGAUGUGCCAAUGGCGGAAGGUACCAAGAAAUUGCAGCAUACACCGGUGAUCCGUUUCCUGGACAAGGCUGCAGUGAUCUCUUCGGCCGAAGAGCUUUACUCUGCUCCAUGGAGGGUUUGCACAGUCACACAAAUCGAGGAGCUUAAGAUCGUGAUCGGCAUGCUCCCGAUCUGGGCCACCGGUAUCGUGUUCUUCGCCGUCCUCGCGCAGUUCUCCUCGACGUUCCUGGUGCAAGGGAGGAUGAUGGACACGAUGGUCGGCACCUUCGCCAUCCCUCCGGCGUCCUUGGCUUGCUUCGACGCCGUGAGCGUCAUCCUCUUCGUGCCCGUCUACGACAGGGUGCUCAUCCCGACGGCGAGGAGGUUCACCGGUAACGAGCGGGGGUUCUCGGAGCUACAGCGGUUCGGCAUCGGCCUAUUCCUCUCCAUCCUGGUCAUGGCGGCCGCUGUGGUGGUGGAGACGCGGCGGUUGGCGCUCGGCCGGAUGUGCAUCCUGUGGCAGGUGCCACAGUAUCUCCUGGUCGGCGCCAGCGUCGUGUUCGCGUGCGUCGGGCAGUCGGAGUUCUUCUACAAUGAGGCUCCGGAGUCCAUGAGGAGCCUUUGCACCGCGCUAGGGCUCCUCACGGUGUCGCUCGGGAGCUACCUCAGCUCGCUCGUGGUAACCCUGGUGGCCAGCAUCACGACGAGGGGCGGUGAGCCCGGGUGGAUACCUAACAACCUUAACGUGGGCCACCUCGACCGCUUCUUCUGGCUCGUUGCUGCGCUUAGCUCGUUGAAUCUAGCGGUUUUUGUCUGUUGUGCGAAGAGAUACAAAACCUCGAAGCAGGCUUGUUAG